UCAAAUGUCACGUCAGUCCUGCUUCUUCUCAAACCAGUUUCAUGCUGGGGACCAGGCACCUGCCCUCAACUGGACUUUACCUCCUCUGGACUUUUGCUAAACCUUAUCCCGUUUCGGUUAUUUCACCUGGAGGGCAGUGCAAAUGGAGAUCUGUUUGACGUUUUAUCGUGUUUGAAGAGGAAAAAAGCCCGAUUUGAACGCACAAUCUAAAGUAGCAUAUGUUUGGAAGGAUUAUAUUGCACACCUUGCACGAUGACCGCGAUGGGAAUUUGGUGCGUUUUAUGGCUCCCGACAUUCGCUCUCACUUCAGCCGCUCCGAAAUCACGCCAGCGACUUCUGGAGAAGACGACUGAACAGAACGACGACACUUUGCAAGUUGAAAGAGACAACCAAGAAAAUAUAUUAAGUCAGCUGCUGGGUGAUUAUGACAAAGUGAAAGCGCUUGCGGAAGGCUCUGACUGUGGCUGUAAAUGUGUUGUCAGACCUCUGAGCGCGAGCGCGUGCCAGCGGAUCCGGGACGGUCACGCGACGCCUCAGGAUUUCUAUACGGUGGAGACCAUCACAUCAGGACCCCACUGCAAAUGUGCAUGCAUUGCACCUCCGUCGGCUUUAAACCCCUGUGAGGGUGACUUCCGGUUGAAGAAGCUGCAACAGGCUGGGAAAGAUAAUAUUAAGCUGUCAACUAUACUGGAAUUGCUGGAGGGUUCCUUCUAUGGCAUGGAUCUAUUGAAAUUGCAUUCAGUCACCACAAAGCUUCUUGAUCGCAUGGACACUAUAGAAAAAAUGGUCUUAAACAACCAGACCGAGGAGAAGUCGAACACAAGGAGUACCUCUCCAAAUCCACAGCUGCUCACAACUUCACCUGCAACUCUGCCUCCACAACUGCAGGAGAAGAGGACGAGUCUGAGGGAGCAGAAUGACGAGGCAGCUGCUUUUCAGCACAUCGAGAGUAAAUAUGAGGAAAAGUUUGUGGGAGAUCUUCUGAAGAGCAGCGGAUCAGACCUAAACAAGGCCGUCGCAGCUUUGCAAGAACAAGAGCGCCAAGGAAGGGAGAAGCAACCAAAAAUAAUUGUUAGGGGGAUCACAUACUAUAAAUCUGACCCAGUGGAUGAGACAGACACAGAGGAGAACUUAGAUGAUAAUCAAAGUGGUGACAGCCCAAUUGAUCUCUUUGCUGACGAGCAGCUCCUUCAUCACAAAGCUCGCCUCUUCAGGCCGGUCAUCAAAGCGUGGUCUGUCCGACCAAAAUCCAAGAGUGAAGUUUCAAAAGGAGGAGAUGCACGAAAUGGUCUUCAAACUCAAUUUACUGGACUGUUGGACUCUGCCUUGCCGAUUAAAACGCCUACUGAACCAGUAUCUGUUCGAACUCAAACCAGUCGUUUCACCACAGACAGCUCUACAGGAGAUGAAAGAACCACAGCGACACCUGCUGUGAUGGAUAAUUUGAAGGUCACCAUCCCCAAGGAACAUAAUAACCCUCAAACCAUCGUCAAAAAAAUGGAGGUAAGCAAUGCUCAAAACAUGUUGGUCAGGUCAUCCAAUCUGGGCCACAUAAAAACAAAUGAGUUGGCCACAGCAGCUGCUGCUAAAGUGGUGGCUGCACAGCCAACCCUAACAGAGAUUACCACCAACGAGACUGUUGAAAAGGAAACAUCUGUAUCUUCUGUGACUGAAAGUGGAAUUGUUAACAAGAAAAAUCUGAAAGAAAAUGCUUCUCACACUGGUAAACCUUUGUUUUCAAUGGAGAGCUUAACUCAAAGCACAUUUAGGAGAAUAACACCAUUACCAACUCCUCAUUUGGACACUUUAACAGUCACAGAAAGCUCACUGGGAUCAACUGCUCACACAAGAGCUGCUACCACCAUUGUGACGUCACCUCAUGUCACUGAAAGCAAGGCAGACUCAGUUACCUACUUACCCAAGAUGACUCCUAAACAGACAUUAACCUCAGUGCCAUCUUUGAUGACCACUACAAAAACUACCACAACAACAACAACUACAACCACAAGCAAACCUGGCAAACGCAAAUAUAGCAUAAACUGGGAUGAAGAGGAAGAGGUAGUGGUAGAGGAGGAAAUGGAAGGAGUGAAAGCUGUAAAAACUAUGGUGGAAGACAGUGUGGGAGAGGAACCUCAAAGGAAGUCAGGAAUGUGUAAGGACACCUUGGCCACAAUCUCAGAGCCCGUCACACACAAUACAUACGGUCGUAACGAGGGCGCUUGGAUGAAGGAUCCACUGGCUCAAGAUGACAAGGUCUAUGUCACAAACUAUUAUUACGGCAACAACCUACUGGAAUUCCGCAACAUGGAUGUUUUCAAACAAGGCCGCUUCACUAAUUCCUACAAGCUGCCUUAUAACUGGAUCGGCACUGGCCACGUGGUCUACAAUGGCGCUUUCUACUACAACCGCGCAUUCUCUCGAGACAUUAUUAAGUAUGACCUGCGGUUGCGUUAUGUGGCUGCCUGGACCAUGCUCUAUGAUGCAGUGUUUGAUAAUGACGACGUGUCUGCGUGGAGAUGGAGAGGAAACUCGGACAUGGAUCUGGCCGUCGACGAAAGCGGGCUUUGGGUGAUCUACCCAGCGCUGGACGACGAGGGCUUCUUGCAGGAAAUGAUCGUCUUGAGCCGCCUGAACCCCAAUGAUUUAAGCAUGAAGCGUGAAACCACAUGGAGGACCGGGCUCCGGCGCAAUCAUUACGGUAAUUGCUUCAUCGUAUGUGGCGUUCUUUACGCGACGGAUAGCUACAAUCAGCACGACAUCAAUUUGUCCUAUGCCUUUGACACCCACACCAACACUCAGGUGAUCCCUCACCUGCCUUUCAGCAACAACUAUACUUACAUCACUCAGAUCGAUUACAAUCCCAAAGAGAGGGUGUUGUACACCUGGGAUAAUGGACAUCAGGUCACUUAUAAUAUUCAGUUUGCAUAUGUAGACCCACUGUAGACCCUAACGGCAGAGCAAGUACAUCCUUUGCACAAAAUAGAAGAAACCGUAAAUGUGUUCAAGUGGAUUGUGGAUCAGUUCACUCAGCUUUUCUUAACUUCAUGUAGUUUAAUGUACUUAUUAAUAUGCUGUUAUGUUUUCAUAGUGUAAAAAUGGACCUAUUAUCAUUGCAUUUAUGGUGAAAACAAAGCAAAGCAAUUUUCUUAACUGAAUUUCUUAACACCCCAACACUGCAGCUAGCCUAUAUGAGCUUUGCAGUUUUCAUUAUUGGCCAUGUCUUUAGAUAUUGUUGCUUGCUUAUGCACUAUGGAAACGAACCUCUUUGUGUGUAUAGCUAUACCUCUCGUAAGGCUGGCAGAAUUAUAGUUGAGGUGUUGUAUUCUUAAAUCCAUUAGAAUACAUUGUAUAUACUGUAAUAUAAAAGCUAAAACAUGGGAUUGAUGAAUGUAAAAAAUACAAUUUGUAUUUUCAUAAACAUCUUUUUUAACAACUAUCACUUGCAUAUAAAAAAAAAUAAAGUUUGAAAUUGUAUAAUUUCAGUAAAACAAGAGUAGACAAGUGUUUUGGGCACAUUUUCAUUGUGUUGUUUUUCAUCAGCACAUUUUAUACAUUUCAGUACCGUUUGUAAUCGUUCUGUGCAUAUUUUUUGCAAUUUCAUUUGAGACUCUUUUAGCACUUAUGACAUUCAAAUCUCUGUCAGACUCAGAAAAUGGCUGCAAUAAAAUGAGUUGAAAUAAGACAUAUGGCACUGGUUUUGCUUUCGUAGUGGAUGUCAAGUGAGAGUGUGUUCUCAGCACAGGCCUUCUCAUUGGUCACUUACUGUAGAUGAGAGCAAAGUGUUACACUGUAAACCCCUUGAUCCACAGAGCUAAAUCUGGACAAACAAAACACAUCUACUAUAGUUUAACCCGAAAACAUUGUUUACCCCAACCUUUGAAAUUACCUAUAAUCAGCAGCACUUUACAGCACCUCAGACCCCACAUUUACACAAACCUUCAAUUUCAGAGAGCAAAUUCAGACUGACAUAAGACUGUCUGCGUCCUAAAAACAAAAGAUGCACACAAAUCACCCACAACCCUGAGUCCAGUGUUUAUUUCUUUGCGUUGUUACAAAACAUCGCUGUCACUGUGAGAACAAACAAAAAAAUCUUUCCAAAAAUGCAGAAAUUAAACAUAUUAAAAAUAAAAAUGUUGAAAAAGGGAUUUGAUGAAAAAUAACUUUCAUUUAUAAACAUGAGACAUUUCUAUUGCAAUGCUAAGAACGAAAUGUGAUAUUUUCUCUAACUAAAUACUUUAAUAUAUCAUCCUCAUUUUGAGAACAAAGCACCGCCUGAGUUAAGUUAAUAAUCUGUGAAAUUCAAAUUGUAUUUUCAUAUUCAGUCUGUCUAUGAAAGUGAAUGCUUCUUUGACAGUGACGACAGGUUGGAAAGAACAAGCUAAUGAUCACGUUGCUUUCGAGUGAGAACUGACGACAGCAUCCUAAACAGGACAAGAAACAAGCACACAUCUAAAUAGGCUAGAAUAAUAGAGACAAACACAGUGAACAAAGACAGAUGAGGUACAAAUUAACAUGAAUAUUUUGUCUCUUCCACGCCUUCAAAUUAACAACCAGUAUUAUGUUAACAGCUGUAAUUAUGUCAAGCACACCUAAUUUAAAGUUCAAUUAAGCCAAUAAAAAAACAUGAGGGCAUGAAACACAUUAAAAAGAACUGACAGAUGUUGCAUAAGACCCCCAACCCCAAACUGCUAUUUCAAUUAGAAUUAGUCUAAAAUGAUUAACCUUCAAAGAACAAGUAUAAAGUAGAAUUAUUAUCUAGAUACUUUAAAAUAUCUUAUUUUUUCGGAUAUAUAUUUACAGCACUGUCCUGAAUCCUGCAAGUCAAUUAUACAAAAUGCCUCCUUCACUGACUCCAGAGUAAAUAAUCAAUUUUUCUACUUUUAUAUUCAAUUACAAUGUCAAACAAAAAGCAAAGAAAAAAAACAGAAAUGAGAAA